UGUUGCCGCUCAAACAGCGCGUGCGCAGCUUGUCCUCAAUCGCUUUCCGUAGUUAUUUUGCGAAGGUCAAGACGCAAUUGCAACUACCAGUCCCCAACGCCACUAGCCGCUGACUUUCGAAGUUGCAACUCUGUUAUGAAGUUAACGCUGUCUUGCUGAUGUUUUCAACUGUGCCACAUGAAGAACAUACGUAACCAUAAAAUUGCGUCAGCUCUUGUGUGUGUGUGAGGGAGAAGUCGACUCUCAGCGAUGCCCAGCACAGUAUUGUGCGGUGGAGGCCGACUGGUCCGUUGUCAGACCCUUGGUCGGCAAAUGUUAGCUGCUCUGAAGGUGGGCAGAGGCAGAACCUUUUCUGCUGCAAAUCCAGAUGAACCUUACAUAACUGUAUCACAUACGGACUCAGGCCCUAGGACUGUGUGGCCCGAUGAGAACAUGGGACCGUUCGGACCUCAGGACCAACGCUUCCAGUUGCCAGGUAAUGUCGGAUUUGACAGCCAUCUGGACGGCGUGGAAGAAAAGAAAUCUCCAGUUGACAGAACCGUCCCUGAUGUACUAACGGCCCCGUGUAGUGCUGAGAGACAACAGUUCAUCCUAGCCCAGUUUGUUCAUGAGUUUCAGGGAAAACUGGGCCCCAUAUCCAAGCGGGUCCACAAAGCUGAGCAGUACUUCAAUCAAACAUACGCAGAUUGCUCCAUAAGUUCCUGUCCUGAGCUGUUAAGGAAAGAUUUGGAGCUCUUGUUCCCGACAGUGCCCAACACUUCCAUCACAGUUGUGACGGUCUCUCCGAGGAGCGGCCGCUGCAAGGAGGCGGAGCCAGACAGAGAGCAGCUCCUCAGCCAAUUUGUGAGUGGUGCAAAGGAGAUGUGUUUCGCUCUGUGGACUGCAGGCUACUGGGCCGACUUUAUCAAUCCGACAACAGGAGAAGCUGUGAGUUCUUUCGCCGCAUUGAGUUCUGUAACUGUAUGGACACUUCAUCAGUUCUUUGCAUCCCCGCUUAGUUCAAGUGCAGAACAAACAGGGGAAGAGCCACGGCAUUCAGGCUUCUGCAUCGAGAUGUCGGGUUCCUGCACGGUUAUCCGACACAUUCUGAGAGGAACACCUCUGUUUGUGGGGACUGUUUUCACCAGUGCACCAACCCACAGCGGUGUCAUCACACGACUACAAGGACUCUCGCAUGAAUUGGAUGAUGAGGUUGAAUAGUUUUAAUGGUGCUCCAACUCAAUCCAAUCUUGUGGAAAGGCUUUGACGUAAAGCGCAAGUGUGGUUUUUAUUUGUCUACGUAAAAUGAGUGUACCACACUGCAACCGAAAAAGUGGACAAGAGGUAGCAAUGUGCUGGCCCUGGAACCACCCUCACAGCUGUGCUGUGACUGCUUGCCUUUGAGGAGUCAUCAUCAGGGGGUUUUAGCAGGCAGGGUGUCACUUAUCAAGGUUAGCGUCGGCUCUAUUUGUUAGCAGUUUUCAAAGUGUGAUCUCACAAAGUAUUCAUGGAUACAGCUGCUGAACCAAUAAAGUGACCUCUACUCAG